UUGAACGCCAAGCAUAUCAAAGAAGCGAUAGCAAGAUACACUGGAACGUCAUCAGGUUUUGGCAAAAAUAAAGCCAUAACAGAGCGGGGCCGCAAUCAAGUGUUCACCAAAGCAGAACACGACCAUAAGGUAGCUCUUGCAAUAGCCUAUCUGGAUGCGGUGUUGGUAGGAGAUCGAGAUGAGGCCAUUGCACAGGUUCGAGCUACAUGUGACAACCUUUGGCAAGGAGGAAUGCGAGGAUGUGAAGAGAUAUCAAUGACUGGAAAUCGGUGUCAGUUGAAG